GUGACGUCACUACUCUGCGCCGGAAGACCCUAUCUUCAAGUUCUCUUCCCUCAACCCCCUCCCUCCUUCGGGACCAUAGAAUCCUGGGCGAUGAGCCUGAAGAGGCAUCGCCUGAUCCCGGAGAGCUUCGGCUUGAAGAGGCGGCGGGAGCGAGGGCCUGCAGAAGCGGAUCCUCUGAGGGGCGAGUCAGGGUCGGCGCGCGAGGCCGUGGCCGAGCUGGUGCAGCUGUUUCCGCGAGGCCUGUUCGAGGAUGCUCUCCCGCCCAUCGUGCUGAGGAGCCAAGUGUACAGCCUCCUGCCCGACCGGACGGUGGCCGACCGGCAGCUGAAGGAGCUUCAAGAGCAGGGGGAGAUCAGGAUCAUCCAGCUGGGCUUUGACUUGGAUGCCCAUGGGAUUGUCUUCACUGAGGACUACAGGACCAGAGUCCUCAAGGCCUGCGAAGGCCGACCGUAUGCUGGGGCAGUGCAGAAGUUUCUGACUUCAGUGCUUCCAUCCUGUGGGGACCUUAGUUUCCAGCAGGAGCAAAUGACACAGACCUUUGGCUUCAGGGACCCAGAGAUCACGCAUCUGGUGAACGCUGGGGUCCUCACUGUCCGCGAUGCUGGGAGCUGGUGGCUGGCUGUGCCUGGAGCUGGGAGAUUCAUCAAGUACUUUGUUAAAGGACGCCAGGCUGUCCUUGGCAUGAUCCGGAAGACCAAGUACCGGGAGCUGCUCCUGUCGGAGCUCCUGGGCCGGCGGGCGCCUGCUGCCGUGCGGCUUGGCCUUGCCUACCACGUGCAUGACCUCAUCGGGGCCCAGCUGGUGGACUGUGUUGCCACUACCUCUGGAACUCUCCUCCACCUGCCAGACACGUGAGGAUCUGCUUGUCAUUGUGCACCUCCUCAGAAUGGGGCAACAGUGGCCUGGGCGUGCUGCCCAAGGGUGACUGAGUCAGGAUUACCUUGGAAAACUUGGGAGCCAGGAUGAGUGAUGGGCUCUCUUAUUGGUUUAAAGGGUCAGGUGGGACUGCUGCUGUUUGCUUGGGCGCCAACCCAGCAGGGGAAUUUGGGUAAUGCUUCUUUGCCCUUCCAUGAAAGUGGAGGCAGAAGCCGUGCCGAGGCUGUGGCUGCUGCCUUGCACGUAGAAGGUGCUGUUGUUACCUGGUCUGGGGACAGGAAGGUGGGCUUGCCGGGAGGCUGGGGCAGGGCAGCGUUCUUUUCCCUCUUUGUUGAGUUGAAAGAGCCAAAUAAAGUACUUUUGCCUGUGAUGUUUUCUGGGUUGUCCUUUAUUGGGGUGCCUUGUUUGGGGUUAGAGGUAAAGCCCACUAAAGCCUGAACUUUGCUUCACUGUCAGAGAGGAAAAGAGUUGAUGUUUAUGUUUAGAUCAGUUUUCCCUUUGAGGUGGUAAGGAUGCACUUGACCUAAAUCUAGUCUCUGUUAGGGCCUACAGAAAGCAAAGCCUGGUGUGGUUCAGUCAUGUUGGAAUGCCAGUAAGAGGCAAAUGAAAAGCCCAUCCCUGGGGCUGGCAUUAUGGUAUAGCAGGUUAAACCUCUGCCAGUGGCACCAGCAUCCCAUAUGAGUGCUGGUUAGAGUCCCGGCUGCUCCACUUCCGAUCCAGCUCCCUACUGAUGCGCCUGGGAAUACAGUGAACGAUGGCCCAAG